ACAAUUAAAUGUGUUACCUUGGAGCUGAGGACGUUCAAAAGUCGCCGUGUAAUAUAUAUAUACACAAGGGAGGAGUGUGUCCGUCCACUUCGGAGCAACGAAACAACACGAAAAGCGAGAAAAGCUAUCGGAGUUUCCGGCUUUCCUUGCUGUCGGAGUCGCCUUGCAUUUCGUUGGAAACCCACUUCGAAGAACGUCAAUUCGGCGUUGUAGGUGCUGCGGAAAAAGACAAAGAAGAGAGCCAAAGAGUAACAACAAAAGUAAACCGAGAGAAUUAUUCAUUGUGUUCCCAAAGAAACACAGAUUCCUAGAAUUAUAGACCACGCUGUCAAAACUAUACAGAUCUUCUGUAAGAUCUUGCCAUCUUUUCUUGACUUCUUCAGCUGGGAUCCUGUUGUCUCCUACUGCCUUGUUAUUAUCAAUGCUUCUUAAGGCCCAUUCAACCUCACUUUUAAGCAAAGAUUCCUAGAAUUAUAGACGACACUGUCAAAGCUGUCCUCAGUAUAAUUGUCAUCUUUCCUAUACGGAUCUUCUGUAUAAUCUUGCCAUCUCGACUUCUUCAGCUGGAAUCCCGUCGUCUCCUACUGCCUUGUUAUUAGGAGUGCUUCUUAAGGUCCAUUCAACCUCACUUUUAAGCAUCCCGAAAAACCAGAGAUUCCUAGAAUUAUAGACUACGCUGUCAAAACUAUCAUCAAUAUAAUUAUCAUCUUUAUUAUAAAGAUCUUCUGCAUAAUCUUGCCAUCUCGACUUCUUCAGCUGGAAUCCCGUCGUCUCCUGCUGCCUUGUUAUCAGCAAUGCUUCUUAAGGUCCAUUCAACCUCACUUUUAAGCAUCCCGAAGAACCAGAGAUUCCUAGAAUCAUAGACCACGCUGUCAAAACUAUCAUCAAUAUAAUUAUCAUCUUUAUUAUACAGAUCUUCUGCAUAAUCUUGCCAUCUCGACUUCUUCAGCUGGAAUCCCGUCGUCUCCUGCUGCCUUGUUAUUAGCAAUGCUUCUUAAGGCCCAUUCAACCUCACUUUUAAGCAAAGAUUCCUAGAAUUAUAGACUACACUGUCAAAGCUAUCCUAUACGGAUCUUCUGUAUAAUCUUGCCAUCUCGACUUCUUCAGCUGGAAUCCCGUCGUCUCCUACUGCCUUGUUAUUAGGAGUGCUUCUUAAGGCCCAUUCAACCUCACUUUUAAGCAUCCCAGAGAACCAGAGAUUCCUAGGAUUAUAGAAUUAUAAUCUUGCCAUCUCGACUUCUUCAGCUGGGAUCCCGUCGUCUCCUACUGCCUUGUUAUUAGCAAUGCUUCUUAAGGCCCAUUCAACCUCAUUUUAAAACAAAGAUUCCUAGAAUUAUAGGGUCGGAAGAGACCACACGAACCAUCCAGUCCAUCCAGACUAUGACUGUGUCAAUUUUUGUUGUCAUUUAUAUAAUCUUAUGUGAUUGCAUUGGGGCAACCUUCCAGCUUUUUGGAAUCCCGUCUACAAACUUGUGUCAACGUAAGGCCGUUGUGUGGAUCGAGUUUAUGCUCUUGCUCGAAGAGUUGAAAGCAUGAUGUCCAACGGCGAUUCCUUCUGACCACUGCACACGUGCAGAACUUUUGACCACGUGAAGACAUAUCCCAGCUCGAGAAAACAUGUUGGAUGAUCCGGAGCCACAAGAGGACUCCCCUUGCAGACAGAACUUCCUCUCCAGAAACGACGUCGUGGUCGUGGAGAAAUGUAUGAGCUCCAUGCAAGCCGGGACCCAAAUGAUCAAACUCCGAGGCAGUUCGAAAGGUCUGGUCCGUUUCUACUACUUGGACGAGCACAAGUCGUGCAUUCGCUGGAGACCCUCGCGAAAGAACGAGAAAGCCAAAAUCUCCAUAGAUUCCAUCCAAGAAGUAUGUGAGGGAAAGCAGUCGGAGAUCUUCCAGCGCUACGCGGAUGGCAGCUUUGACCCCAACUGCUGCUUUAGCAUCUACUAUGGUGACCACAUGGAAUCCCUGGACCUGGUGUCGUCCAGCGGAGAGGAGGCCCGGACCUGGAUCACAGGGCUCAAGUACUUGAUGGCUGGGAUCAGUGACGAAGACAGUCUCUCGAAACGGCAGAGGACUAGAGACCAGUGGUUGAAACAAACGUUUGACGAAGCGGACAAAAACGGCGACGGGAGCCUGAGCAUUAGCGAGGUGCUCCAGCUGAUGCACAAGCUGAACGUCAACCUGCCCAGGCAGAAGGUCAAGCAGAUGUUCAAGGAGGCAGAUACGGAUGACAACCAAGGGACGCUGGACUUUGAGGAGUUCUGUGCGUUUUAUAAGAUGAUGUCGACCAGACGGGACCUGUACCUGUUGAUGCUCUCCUACAGCAACCACAAGGACUAUUUAGAUGUGGACGACCUGAGACGCUUCCUUGACGCUGAGCAAAAGAUGAGCAACGUCACCAAGGACCAUUGCCUGGAAAUUAUCAAUCAGUUUGAACCCUGUCCGGAAAACCGGCAACAAGGCGCUCUCGGGAUUGAUGGGUUCACCAAUUACAUGCGCAGUCCUGCUGGGGACAUUUUCAAUCCGGAGCACUACCACGUCAACCAGGACAUGACGCAGCCUUUGAGCCACUACUUCAUCACCUCUUCCCAUAACACCUACCUCAUGGGGGACCAGUUGAUGUCCCAGUCCAGAGUCGACAUGUACGCAUGGGUUCUCCAGUCCGGAUGCCGCUGUGUAGAAGUUGAUUGUUGGGACGGUCCGGAUGGAGAACCCAUUGUCCAUCACGGCUACACGCUGACCUCCAAGAUCCUUUUCAAAGACGUGAUUGAAACCAUCAACAAGUAUGCCUUCAUCCGGAGCGAAUACCCGGUCAUUUUGUCCAUUGAGAAUCACUGCAGCGUCGCCCAGCAGAAGAAGAUGGCCCAGUAUCUCACCGAGGUUUUGGGGGACAAACUGGACUUGUCUUCAGUGAGGAAUGAAGACCCCACCAAGCUGCCUUCUCCAGAGAGCUUGAAAGGGAAAAUCUUGGUCAAGGGAAAGAAACUUCCAGCCAACAUUAGUGAGGAUGUGGAGGAAGGUGAAGUGUCCGAUGAGGACAGCGCAGAUGAGAUGGACGACGACUGCAAACUGAUGAACGGAGAUGCUUCCACCAAUCGGAAGCGAGUGGAGAACAUGGCCAAAAAGAAGCUGGAUUCUCUGAUUAAGGAAUCCAAAAUCCGCGAUUGUGAAGAUCCGAAUAAUUUUACCGUUGCCACUUUACCGCCGUCUGGGAAACUCGGUAACAAGCAUGAUCUCAAAAAGAAUAAACAUGAGGAGGAUGUGGACUCUGGGCAAGAUGCUAUCAUCAACAAACGGCACAACCGGUCACUGAUGGGAAGCUUUUCCAAACGCAAGAAAAAAGGAAGCAAGCUCAAAAGAGCUUCCAGUCCGGAAGACGGUGAGGAUGAUUCCGACUGUCAAGGGAACAUAGCUAGAGGCUCCGUGCAUUACAGCAAAACCAACCGGCAGAAGAAGACCAUGAAAUUGUCACGGGCGUUGUCAGACCUGGUGAAGUAUACCAAAUCCGUCGGGAGCUUUGAUGUCGAAUCUGAAAUCUCUUCCAGUUGGCAAGUUUCGUCCUUCAGCGAAACCAAGGCCCACCAGAUCCUCCAGCAGAAACCAGCUCAGUACCUGCGCUUCAACCAGCACCAGCUGUCCCGAAUCUAUCCUUCUUCCUACCGUGUGGACUCCAGCAAUUAUAAUCCACAACCUUUCUGGAAUGCGGGCUGCCAGCUGGUGGCGCUAAACUACCAGUCGGAAGGGAGGAUGCUUCAGCUCAACCGCGCCAAGUUCAAUGCCAAUGGGAAUUGUGGCUACGUCCUCAAGCCCACGUGUAUGUGUCAAGGUACCUUCAACCCAAAUUCUGAAGAUCCUCUGCUUGGCCAGAUGAAGAAGCAGCUUGUGUUAAGAAUUAUCAGUGGACAGCAGCUCCCAAAGCCUCGGGAUUCCAUGCUUGGAGACAGGGGCGAGAUUAUCGACCCGUUUGUGGAAGUGGAGCUAAUCGGUUUGCCGGUGGACUGCUGUAAAGAGCAGACGAGAGUUGUGGAUGACAACGGUUUCAAUCCAAUGUGGGAAGAAACCCUGGUGUUCACCAUCUGCAUGCCGGAGAUUGCAUUGAUUCGGUUCCUGGUGUGGGAUCACGAUCCCAUUGGGAGGGAUUUUAUCGGACAGCGAACGAUAUCGUUUACAAGCAUGAUGCCAGGCUAUCGGCAUGUCUACUUGGAAGGCAUGGAAGAGGCGUCCAUCUUUGUUCACGUAGCUGUCAAUGACAUAUGUGGUAAGGCCAAGCAAGCGCUGGGCUUAAAAGGUCUCUUUCUCAGAAAUCCAAAGCAGGCCUCUCUCGACAGUCAUGCUGCUGGCCAGCUCAACCGCAAAGACUCCUUUAGCAGCCACAUUUUACGGCGGACGGCCAGCGCGCCCACCAAGACCCAGAAGAAGGCCAAGAAGGGCUUCCCCGAGAUCGCGAUCGACACCAAAGACAACGGCUCCGACGGGACGGGCGAAGACCACGGACUCGAGGACUCGUCCCACCCUCGUUUCGACCAAGAGCCGGAACGCGGGUCCCCGGCGCUGUCUCUUAGAGACAGGGCCUUCAGGGAGGCCCACGGCAAGGGGUUGAAAGGUAAGGCCCAGAGUUUUGGCAAAGGUAAAAGCAGCCUCGCCCACGUCCACAGGGACGCCGCCUUCAGCGAGCCCAUCCGGAGGUCCAACCGGGUCCGCCUCCAGGAGCCCCCUGCCGAGAAGCCGGGCGUCUUCGCCCGCUGUGCCAUCAACGGAUCGGGCCGCAUCGGCAUGGCCACCAACUGCAUGAAAUGCAUGAUCGGCUCGAACGAGAGCCCUGACCUAGAGUGCAAGUGGAGCAGCCAUGCCGCCACUAGACCCGCCGCUCAGGACGGCCCUCCCGGCAACCAGUAUAGCAGCCUUGCGGGAGACGAGGAGGGGUUAGAGCUCCAAAAUUGGGGGGUCCAAGAGCAGCAGCCCCAACCGCAGCCCGAUCUGCCCUUCUGCAGCGGCGGCUACGGGGCGGCGGGCCUCCUGCCCAAGACCUGUCAGCCGUCCGGGACCUCUAAAUGCCACGGGGCGAAAAGUCAGUCCCGGCAGAGGUGGCAGGGCCAGCCUGGCGGCAAAUACGGAAGCACGGUCAACCUGGUGACGGCCAGCAAUGGCUCCGUAUCCUCCGACUCCAGCAGCUUGGAGAGCCUCGGAAGUCCCGACUUCCCCAAACACUUGUCCGAGAGCUCCAGAAAACAAGCGGGCACCCUUCAGAGGGAAAUGAAUGCCUUGUUUGCUGAAAAACUGGAGGAAAUUCGGAGUAAAUCCCCUAUAUUCUUUACUGAUGUCCACCAGCUCCCAGUGCAGAAGUCCAUCCCUUCAUUACGCAGCCUGGAGACCAUCUGUGAAGAACCUUUUGUUGCCAACAAGAACCAGCUUGUUGGUUCGUGCUUUCUUCUUUCCACCACCCUCCCCACUGAUUCCAAAGAAGGGGACGUGCCUGAUAAUUCCCAUGAGACCAGUUCAGAAGGAGAUGACCCAUCAGACCUUCAGCAGCGAGGAGUGACUGGUGCCGAGAAGGAAAUAUCCCAUGCUCCCAGCCCGGCCAUUGCGAAUGUCCUGGAAUGGGACUAUAGUAGGAGCAGCGGCAAAGAAGAAGGUAGCUGCAGAAGGAUACAUGAAAACGGAGAUCCACCUACUUCACAAACUCAGGGCAAUGUAGCAUUGGCCAACCGUUGGCUCCAUUCUGCCGGAAACUGCCAGAAUCAAGGAAGCGGAACAGUCCAACCACUGGUGAACGAUGAGAGGAGUGAGGAGAGUCCAACCACACCAGUAUCACCAUACCAAAGCAACGUGGCAAAUAUCUCCAUACAAAUUGCACCUCAAGGAGCUCCAGAAGCAACUCAAGUUCAACCCCCCACAUCCCAUGUCGUAGUGAAGAGGUCAAAAAGCGAAGGCUGCAGACUUUGCGACUGCUCGGUCUUGAUGAGGCGACCUGAUGGCUUCUCCCCAGCGGCGGAAGUCUACUCUGAUGCCACAGCCAACGAUCAUAUCUGGAGCAAGCUGGACUCCGGCACCCACAGGGACAGUAUGUCUUCCUCUUCCAGCAUGUCCUCCAAUGACACGGUCAUAGACCUCUCCUUGCCCAGCCUUGCUCGGAAAAGCCUCCCAGACCUGGUUGUUCGGCACGAGCAUUUCGAAGCCCUCCCUGCAAGGCGGAGUAUGCGGCCCUGGUCUGCGAGUGCUGCGCCUGGACGCGAUAUCCCCAUGGUGACCAAGAGCAAAUCCAAUCCCAACUUGAGGGGCGAUCAACCUACCCAGGAUACCUUGUGUCCUCGACCGCUAAGCAGAGGAUCCGUACCCAAGAGACACACCUGGAGCUGGUUAUAUAUCGAAAGCCUCAAGCAGUCUUGUCUAAGGUCUCAAGGUCAAGGGAACGCCGACAUGAACCCGGCCAAAUCCAAAAGCCUCGGGGAUCUAACCUCGGAAGACAUCACGUGCACCUUCGAGGGCAAGUAUCGCAGCAUCAGUCGGAGCUUCGUCACCCAGUCCAUGCGGGAGAAGCGCCACUGCGCCGCCGCCACGUUCCCGGCUCAGCCUCAUGACGAGCUCACGGAGCGCUUGAAGAAGCUGACCAUCUUUCAGCAGGAGAAUGAUAUAACCUCCGCUACCAGCCUCGGACUCGUUGAGUCGGAAGAGGACGAAGAGCAAGAAACGGGCCUCCUCCGAAGGGCCUCGUCCAGGAGCCAGAGCCGGGUGAGAUACAUCGCCAACCGUGCCAAGCAGGCCCAGGAGAGGCAGCGGCUUCAAAACUUGACUAUGGGCAAGGCGAGUCCCAUUGAGGAGAGAGGGAAUCCCGAAGGAGCCUGCUGCUUCGCCGGCGGGGCCUGCACGGACGCCGCCGCUUCCCCUACUCUGUUUACACCCCAGUGCAAGGACCAAACUCUCUUGAACCGUGACGCCGAGGUCGUCUUUUUAUUCAAACUUUAACGCUGGGAAGGGCUGCACAAGUUCGAUGUUUACAUUCCCGUUGGAGCGAAACCAACGAAAAAACAAACCAACCCCGACCCGUCCGUUCGAGAGAGUGCGAAAUAUCGCGGUGACAUCUCCUCUCCCAGUCUCCUAUGGACAACUUAUGCGUGUAAUAAUAAUAAUAAUAAUAAUAAUAAUAAUAAUGCAAUGUGUAGCAUGCCGUAUCAGGAGUGGGCAACCAGACUUUUUUUCCCCAUAAUGAGAAAAAUCCUUUCCCCACCACAUUGCUAGAAAGCAUGUCCAAGGAUCUGCACGACCGUUCUGUGUCCUUCUCUGAGGACUCGUUGUCUUAGCGCAAGAGGGUUUCCGACAGGCCAAAUGGUCAGCAGAUGCUGCCUUAACUUUCUCACCGACACUGCUCGAUCCUGACUUCGGUCCCAGAAGGCCUGUCAUGAUCCCUGAUCCAAAGCAGCAUUUGGAAGGCGAACAUGAACUAGGGCCUGUUUGAUGAGAUUAAUAGCUUCCUGUGCAAAAAAAAAAAAAAGUAUGCUUCCCUGAGAGAUUUUUCUCCCCGCCUACUAUUUCACCAACGCGCAGUGGUCAAUAUUGAUUUCAAUAUUAGUUCCAUUUCUCAUACUGGAAGUAAACAAAGCGCUAAGAAGAGGAACUUGGGGCUGCUCUCGUCCACUCAAUCUCCAUUUCCGCCCUUAAUAUAUUUUGAAAUUGAGAGCUCCAAGUCUGCUACGGGUUGAUUCAGUAUGAAUGUCAGUAUUGUAAUGCUCGUCCUUCCUACCGUCUUACCUACCACCGCCUGAAGCCUUUCCUGUCUCAAAUUCAUACCUUCGUGUUUGGACACUCAAGAAUGGUAUGAAAUUCAUACAAUGACGACAGUUUUUACAAUUUAAUAUUUCAUUACCCAAAGCUAAAGUUCUUGCAGAACGCCAAGAUAGAGAUAGCAACACGUAUAAUAUUCUCGUACUUUCUUGUUGCUUUAACCUAUGGGUCGUGACCCCUUUGGGGGUCGAACGACCCUGUCACAGAGGUCGCCUAAGACCAUCAGAAAACACAUAUUUCCGAUAGUCUUAGGAACCGAGACACCGCUAACUUUUUCCAGGUUUUUGCAGAACUCCAAGAUAGAAGUAGCAACACAUAUAACAUAACACAUUCUCGUACUUUCUUGUUAAAGCAGUGGUUCUCAACCUGUGGGUCUCAACCUCUUUUAUGGGGGUCGCCUAAGACCAUCAGAAAACACAUAUUUCUGAUGGUCUUAGGAACCAAGACACUGCUAACUUUUUCCAGGUUUUUGCAGAACUCCGAGAUAGAAGUAGCAACACGUAUAACAUAACACAUUAUCGUACUUUCUUGUUAAAGCAGCAGUUCUCAACCUGUGGGUCGCGACCCCUUUGGGAGUCAAACAACCUUGUCACAGGGGUCUCCUAAGACCAUCAAAAAACACGUAUUUUCGAUGGUCUUAACUACCGAGACACAGCUUACUUUUUCCAGGUUUUUGCAGAACUCUGAGAUAGAGGUAGCAACACGUAUAACAUAACACAUUCUCAUACUUUCUUGUUAAAGCAGUGGUUCUCAACCUAUGGGUCGUGACCCCUUUGGAGGUCGAACAACCCUGUCACAGGGGUCUCCUAAGACCCUCAGAAAACACAUAUUUCCGAUGGUCUUUAGAACCGAGACACUGUUGACUUUUUCCAGGUUUUUGCAGAACUCCAAGAUAGGAGUAGCAACACGUAUAACAUAACACAUUCUCAUACUUUCUUGUUAAAGCAGUGGUUCUCAACCUGUGGGUCGCAGCCCCUUUGGAGGUCGAUCAACCCUUUGACAGGGGUCGCCUAAGACUAUCAGGCUGGAGUAUGGCAGGGCUUAGAGAGGGGUAGAGUGGCCCCUCCAUGAUCAAAUCCCAGGGAGAAAGAGAAGUAAUGCAUAUUGGAUAUUUACAUUACAAUUCAUAACAGUAGCAAAAUUACACCUAUGAAGUAGCAACGAAAAUAAUGUUAUGGUUGGGGGUCACCACAACAUGAGGAACUGCAUUAGAAAGGUUGAGAACCACUGUCCUAGACACUACACUGCUGUUAUUCUCUCUCAACUUGUUGAACAAAUCCUUACAACAAAGGCCCCAUAAUGGAUUCACUUUAGGACCAACUUUGGGAACAACUUGAAGGCACACAAAAGCAAAACUAUAUCCAGAAUGUAGGGACUGGUGUUACAGAUUUAGAGGUGAUCAUGUCGGAAAAUAUGGGUGAUGUUUGGGCAACAUGUAGAAACUUAAGAGUGACACAAAUCACUCCCAAAUGGACACCCUCCUAAAAUUUCAUCUAUCGACAUACUAUUGCCGUACGCAGACGACACUGUCCUGUUAUCCCACACUAAGGUAGGAUUAAAUUUCCUUUUAGAAGGAAAUUAGGAAGUUUUAAUUUCUGUGGCGCAAGUAGUUAAACGAGGAAGACGAAUGUCAGGAGAGACGCAAAGCACUGCAUAUGUGACUUGAAGUAUCGAUGGCCAAGUGGUCCAUUUCCAGUCUGUGUCCGUUUCACCUAAAUCUGAUUGUAAAACGAUCACUUAAUUUAUUGUCUCUAGAAGUACGUUUUUUUUCCUAAAUGUCUUUCCACUCCAAACGUGUUAUGCUUUUUUUUUUUUUAAAGUUGAGAAAUUUGUCCGAACAUUUGGAAAAAAAAAAUCCAGAGCUGUUGGAAAAACUGACUUUGGAUCAGCACUUUAGUCUGCGAGGAGAAGGUCGAGUCGGUUUGUAUUAGCGUUGCCCCCAAAAUCACGUCUUCCCAGAAAUGAAGCGGAAAUGAGUGAGGAUUUUGGGACUGUCCCAAAACUAAAAUGUUCGAGAGCAAAGUCAAGCUUCGAGUGUCUUUGACUUUCUCGUUGCAAUCAGUUCUCAGAACAGUAUUUCUUAUUUCCAUUGUUAACGUUGUUAACGUCAUAAUCACUGAAGAUAUUGGUAUUUUCCUACAGUUAUUGGCGAAAGAUUUGUGGUACCGAAUGGAUUCAGUAAGACACACACACAGAACAAUCCUUUCACAAAUUGUUUGUCUUAAUACUCUGCAUUACCAUUAAUUGCUAUGAAUGUACCUUUCACCAAGAAACAAAAAUGCAGGAGAGUAUAUCGAGAUGAUUUAGGAAAAAAAGAGAAAAUAUCCGGUACUAAAUUUUGACCCUUGUAUUAUAUAUAUGCGGCAAAAAGGUAGGGAGGGAGAGAUGGGGUUGGGUGAGGGAUAUUUUCCGUUCUUUGUUUGUUUGUAAACAUUUCUUCUCUCUAUAUUGAAAAUAAUGCAAAAUCUAUUUGUAAAACCAACUGAUACUAUUCCGAAUAAAGAUUAUUUAACCUAUUA